CCCCCACGGACCCUUCUCAAGAACCACUUCCGCCAUUGCCUGCUUCGUGCUUCUUCCCAAUGGCGGGUAUCGCCGGCGACGAUCCCUUCGGUUUCGACUCCGACUCCGACUCCGGGGACGACGGCCCGGUCUGCUACGACCCAUUCGAAGACUGUGAUGGCGACGGGGACGAGGACGAGGACGCGGGACUUGUCGGCGGCCACUUUGCGCUCAGCUACGGGGGCGGCGGGCAGUAUCGCAUCUCAGAUUUCGCUUUCCGCGGCGGCGAAGGAGACGGAGGCGACGUCCUCGUGGGCCAGCGCCAGGGACCCCUGUCCUCCCACGACGAACCCAUUCUCGAAACCCUAGGCCGCUCAUUCGACUCCGACGGAGGUCUCAGCCAAUUCUACCCCCACCUCUUUCCUGCAUCGCAACUCGUCGAGGACACCUCCGGGGAGGAGGAGGAGGAGGAGGAGAUGAUUUCCCGAAAUGCUCUGGGCGGCGUAGGGUCCGAAUUCGAGCGGGGAGCGGUCGAUGAGGAGACUGCCGACGACGACGAGGACGGGAUCGUGCUCAUGCUGAACGGGUUUACCCUCGAUUCGGGGCCGCCUGUUGGUGGCUUCCAGGGCCCGGUGGACGCCGUUGAGGAGGCCACCAGCGACGACGAUGUGGGCGAGGUGGGUGGGCUCAUGCUCAGCGGGUUCGACCUCCGAGCGCCAGCGCCACACGCCACGCGGCCCUUCCGAAUGGUGGUGGGCGGCGAGGACACCGACUCCGACGACGCCGACCUCAACCUCGUCGACGCUCUCGCGCGCCGCGUCAGGGAGGCUACACGGCGGCUGCCGGCAUCCCGUGCGGUGGUGGACGGCUUACCGGAGGUUGCGCUCAGCGACCAGGAGGCCUCGCACGGCUGCGCUGUGUGCAAGGAUGCCGUUGUGGCGGGGCAGAGUGUCCUUAGGCUCCCCUGCAACCACUACUUCCAUGGGGAGUGCAUCCGCCCGUGGCUUGCCAUCAGGAACACCUGUCCUGUCUGCCGGUUCCAGCUCCCAACGGGUGACGCUGCUGAGUAUGAUUCGCCACGGAGCACGACUGGUGGUGUUGUUGUGUCUGUGCCGCAACAACACAGCGCACCAGCACAGAGCGGAGGCGCAGGCGCUGUCAGUGGAGCCACAGAAGGUGCAGGAGACGAUGCAGCCGAAUGCCCGGUAGAAGAUAGGACUGGGCGAGGCACGUCUUGGUGAGGCGGCAAUCCCAGGCCGACUGGUGCCAGCAAACAGGGUCGCAAGCUAACCAACAGAAGGAGAUCGAACGCCUCCCCGGCAUCCUGUCAGCGGCACCAAGAAGAUAGUAACGUGCCAGCGUUUUAGCAUCUGGUCACUGACCCAUUAACUACUGUUUUUCACGGCAGUGUCGGAAUUUGUUCAACCUCUGCAGCAGCUUCAUCUGCAAAGUUUCGAAUCUAAAACUCGAUAGCCUUUUCACCCUCUCUUAAAGUUUUGUUUGGAAUGCUGUGCUUCAUCUGCAACUCCCUUUUGUUUUGGGAGCAAAGCGCCAAAGCAGGAUGACCGGGCGCUUUCCUCGU